UGAUUUUGCGUCUGGCAUAUUUUCGCAAAAUUUACAAAGCGCAAUGACGUUUGGUUGAGGACGGUGGUUUGUUCGGUUCGGUCGCGUAGUCUAGCUAAUUUUGUGAUAGAAUCUACCGCCGGCGCUCCAGCUGCGAUUUGCCAUGGCGGACGAGGAAAAUAAUUGUGAUGAUGGUGGUGGUGAAGUUCGGGUAGAUCAGGCCUUCCGGCUGCGAGGCCGUAAGGGCGCGCUGAAGAAGAAGAAUGUUUAUCUGGUGAAGGAUCACAAGUUCAUGCCGAGGUUCUUCAAGCAGCCAACCUUCUGUUCCCAUUGCAAGGAUUUUAUAUGGGGCUUUGGUAAACAAGGAUUCCAGUGUCAAGUAUGCAGCUUCGUGGUCCACAAGAGAUGCCACGAGUAUGUCACCUUCACCUGUCCCGGCGCCGACAAAGGGGCAGACUCAGACGACACUCGCACUCGGCACAACUUCCGCAAUCAUACAUACUCCUCCCCGACGUUCUGCGACCACUGCGGGUCGUUGCUGUACGGGCUCAUCCACCAGGGCCUCAAGUGUCAAGCAUGUGACAUGAACGUGCACAAGCGAUGCGAGGAGUCUGUUCCGAACCUAUGCGGCUGCGACCACACCGAGAGGCGCGGGCGCAUCCAACUUGUGGUGGCUUGUGUGGGGAACAAGCUCAAUGUUGAAGUGAAGCAAGGUCGCAACCUGAUCCCAAUGGACCCGAACGGCCUAUCGGACCCAUACGUCAAGAUGAAGCUGAUCCCGGACUCGGACAAUGUCAAGAAAAAAACCAAGACCAUCCGCAGCACGCUCAACCCGGUGUGGAAUGAGAAACUGGCAUUCGACCUCAAGUCUGAGGACAAGGACCGCCGAUUGCUUAUUGAGGUGUGGGACUGGGACCGCACAUCGCGCAACGACUUCAUGGGUUCGCUCUCUUUCGGCAUAUCCGAGCUGAUGAAAGCCCCCGCUGAGGGCUGGUUCAAACUGCUCACCCAGGAAGAGGGAGAGUUCUACAACGUGCCCGUACCAGAAGAAGGCACAGACCUAGCUCAGCUCAAGACUCAAAUGAGGGCUACUAGUGUUGGUGCGCGCAGGGCGCCCCCUCCGCCAGACAGAGAAGUCCCACAUAACAUGGCCGCCGCUGACGUCAUCAGAGCAUCCGAUUUCAACUUCAUUAUGGUGCUCGGGAAAGGGUCGUUUGGUAAGGUGAUGCUAGCAGAGCGUCGCGGCACAGAUGAGCUGUACGCGAUCAAGAUCUUGAAGAAGGAUAUCAUCAUCCAAGACGACGACGUGGAGUGCACCAUGGUGGAGAAGCGGGUCUUGGCUUUGAGCAACAAGCCGCCGUUCUUGGUGCAGCUGCACUCCUGCUUCCAGACAAUGGACCGACUGUACUUCGUGAUGGAAUACGUGAAUGGAGGAGAUUUGAUGUUCCAAAUUCAACAGUGUGGAAAGUUCAAGGAACCCGUGGCUGUGUUUUACGCAUCCGAGAUCGCCAUUGGUUUAUUCUUCCUGCACUCCCGCGGCAUCGUCUACCGCGACCUGAAGCUGGAUAACGUCCUUCUCGACCAAGAUGGCCACAUCAAGAUCGCCGACUUCGGCAUGUGCAAGGAGGGAAUCACUGGCGACAAAACCACUAAAACAUUUUGCGGCACUCCCGACUAUAUAGCUCCUGAGAUCAUCUUAUACCAGCCGUAUGGGAAGUCGGUGGACUGGUGGGCGUAUGGGGUGUUGCUGUAUGAAAUGCUGGUCGGGCAGCCGCCGUUCGACGGAGAAGAUGAAGAAGAACUGUUCGCUGCCAUCACGGAUAAUAGUGUGUCGUACCCUAAGACAUUGAGCAAGGAAGCCAAAGACGCGUGCAAGGCGUUCCUGACGAAGAACCCGACGAAGCGCCUGGGCGGCGGCGCGCGCGGCGCGGAGGACGUGCGCACGCACGCGUUCUUCCGUCGCAUCGACUGGGCGCGCAUCGAGGCGCGCGACGUGCAGCCGCCCUUCAAACCUAAGAUCAAACACCGCAAGGACGUGUCCAACUUCGACAAGCAGUUCACUCAGGAGAAGACGGAGUUGACGCCCACGGACAAGCUGUUCAUGAUGAACCUCGACCAGACCGAGUUCAUGGGCUUCUCCUUCCUCAACCCAGAGUUCGUGCAGCACGUCUGAACUACCAGGGUUGAACCACUCUUCUCUCAUCAUAGGAGCUAACUUAGCCCUCAAGUCACGCAUCGACUUCGAGGCGCGAACUCUUACUCUUCACUAUCGACUGUCUCUGUCACUCUCAGCGCCAGUCGCUCGCUAUCUCGCUCAUUCUCGACUACUUGAGUUCGUGUCACGAUCUGUAAAGUAUUAUCUCGAAUGGGAAUUCGGAAACUAACGUAGAGAAAUUGAAAGAAAUCGGAGACGUGCUCAUUCUCGUAUGAUAUUAAUUUUAAUUUAUAUUAUUACCUCUUAGUAAAUUUCUCGUUUUCCAUCCAAUACGACAUGACUUAGACAUUUUAAUUGUAAGUUAUAUAGUGUUUUCGCAAUAAUUUAUUGAUUUGGUCUGCAAUAAUAUUGCAAUUGAUAUCUCAACGAAUUUUAGAAAGCAAUAUUUAACGCGUGAAUUUUUAGUUAAGUUGCAAAGCUCUCUCGUUCUAAUCUCGUUAUGUUGGUAUUUUUGUUUAUCUUUUAUAUUUAAAAUGAAUCAUGCAUUUCUGCUAACACAAUGUAAAAUCUGGUUCCGUGUUAACUAUAUAUAUAUAUCAUCUUGGGGCCACCUUGUAGUUUAUUCGCUCACUCGGCGAGAUUGCUGCUCAAUAAUAUGCCUUAUGUCGACAGUGUAAGGUUUAUUAAGGCAUGAUUAUUGACGUAACGGUGAAAUGCGUUUAAUUUUCAUCUUGACACAUAUCAGUGUUGUAAAUAGUGUUGUCGUGUCGUGUGGAUGGCAGUUCGCUAGGAGUUAUCGAUAAAGUUGUUUUUUAUCGAUAUAUCUCAAGACUCAAAAUUUAUGAAUCUCUCGUUGCAUUCAUAUUUUGCUUCUAGUUAUUUAUUGUUGACAAUGGCCAUUUUAUAUGUUCUAGAAACAAAUCCUCAAUUAUUGUAAGAUUUAUUUUCAUUCGACGAUGCGCAUGCGCAAUUAUGGCCAAGUAUCGAUCAAAAUAAGGCCGUACAGUUCGUCAGAAAAGUCAUUUCAGCUCAGUCAGGAUUUUUGGUAUGAAGCAAUGUGGUUACAAGUAGCGUGAUUUGAAUUAUGACUUUUACGACGCACUGAAAUAAUUUUUGUACGCGUUUUUGUAAAGCUUAAUGAUUUAUUAAGGUUUGAAAAGGUAUAUUAUUUUGGCCAAAGAGUAUUAUUAUAUUUUAUAGAACGGCUCAUUUAUCAAGCUGUUACAUUAAGUUUUCAUUGUCUAUAAUUAUGUUAAUUUAUUAUUUUAUGUAUGUUACUUUUAAGUUUAUCGUGAUUGCAUUUUGUGAUGGUUCUUAUAAUCACGUUCGUGAUUGUUGUGAGUACGUUUGUGUGAGUGUAUAUGUUCAUUUACUUGUGUGUUGGAUAUUGUAUUGUAAAUGUGUACAAUGUUUUUAAUCAGUCGCCAUUUUAUGGCGGUAUUAGAUAGGCUGUUAUCACAUCGUAACAUAUAACACAGAUGAGUAUUAUAAAAUAUUUCUACUAUUUAGUUCCAAUUAAAUAAGGGAAAUAACUGAAAAAUUGGAAACAAAAUGUUAUUGUGCACUCGAAUUAUAUGAUAUUGGUGAAAAAAUAAUAAUAAAUGGGAACAACACUACGUCAUACGUUAUUAUAAGUUGCUGGUAGAAAAAUUGUAUAACGAUAUGCGGGGCUGAGGCAGACGAGUGGGGCAUUCGGUUCCGCCAUGGCGACAUAAGGCACCUACUCCCCGUCAUUUUACGUGAAGACAUUGGGCCUUUCAUUGUAGCUGUGCGCAAGUUGAUACACCUAGUUCUUAUGUAUAUUUGGUCCGUGGUGUGUACAAGAGAUUUAUAUAGAAUGCCUUCUAAAACCGCCAUAAAAGCAGCUUAAGCUGCCAGCAAUCGUCUACUAACAUAACAUAGCCUUAUUAACUUGGUAAUAUCGCUAAUAAAAUACUUUUAAAAAUUUAACACUCUUGAUAGAUUAAAAAAAAUGUGAAUUUAAAAAGAGAAAGCAUUUGAUUCUAAAUUGAAUUGUAAUAAAAUGUCAUUUUAGGUGUUUUAAUUUCUUAAGUAAUUAGUUUUGGUGGUGUUAUUAAAGACUAAAGCUUAAAUUAUUCACAUUGCUCUUAAAUUAGUUCUUAAUAACACUUUCAAAUAUUAUCAUCGUGUAUUUAUAAAUAUUCAAUGACACUGCUGCUUCAUAUAUACUAGUUAGUAUAGAAAUUACUAGGCUAUUUAAAUUCUUUAUAGAUGAUAAGAUUACAUAGCUGGCUCAUUUUCAUUACAUGUCUAAACAUUAUUCAGUAUUUAACCGUUUCUAUUAUUUAUCGUUUAACAUUUCUUGCGUGAACGCAUUUUUAAGUUCGUCAAGGUGAGCUCUGUAAUCGCUAAAUUGUUUUCGCGUUCAAUUUUUUUACUUGUUUGAAGAGCAAUGUAUUUUUUACAUCGCUCUACGUACGAAAAUUUUUAAAAAAAUAAACAAAAUGUAAGUUCUGAACAUUUUAGUUUUUGGAUCACAUCCAAAUAUGCCCCAGAUUCAGAACGCACACUACAGUGUUGCCAGAUUAUAAAUGGACAGCACUCAAAAAUUUUAGACUGCGAAAAUGGGCCGGCAUCAUAGAAUAAACGGCUGGAGAUGGGAGUCAAAGUAACAAACGCGCCGCUUGCAUUUCCAAAAUAUGCACCAACUCUUGAGAGAGCACGUCCUUAUCCCAGCAGUAGUUUUAGAAAAUAACAGACGUUACGGGAAAAAAUAUUGUUAUUAAAAAAAAUUAAACUCGCUUUAUUUAAUUUAUAUAUUAUAUUGAAGCGAUAAGAAUUAACGUUUUGAUUGAUUUCAUAUUUAGAAAAGAUUAGUGAAGAUUAUUCUAAAAUAAUUAAAUUCCAUUUUAAAGUUAAGAUUUUAAAAAAUCUUAAAACAUCAAAAAAAUCUUAAGAUUUAUUUACAAAAACAUAAUCGUGCAACCUUACAUUCUGCUACAUCUUGAAUUAUGCUAAUAUUGAAAGUCACUAAUAUAAAAUAGUAUUAAGCUGAUAUAUAUAAUAUAAUUUAGAUACUCACAACUUCAUUAUGUAUUGAUUAAAAUAUAAUGCGCCAUAUUUAAGAUAUACAACAUAUAGCUUAUUUUUAUUUUCGCGCCGUUUCUAACCUUUUGACUUUCCUUGCUCUUGAUCGUUUGUGAGUGAUAUCGUAAACAUAAUAUUUUGUUUUUUAUUUGUCAUUUCAUCAAGGCACUUUGUCAUUUCGUUAUUUCAUUAAUAUCACUUAAAAUACAUACAUGUUAUAUUAAUAUCCCUUACCUCACUCCGUUUUCUCUAUAUAAUAAAUUUCUUCAGGGUAUAAUAUAGAAAUCCGUAGUAACUACUUAUUACGUAACUAAAAUUAUUGUGAUCACUGCAUACUAGAAAUUACUCAAAUUGUAACAGGUCAGUUUUAGAAUCAUUAUCUAGCUAAAAAAAAAUGUUAUAUUUAAGGCCUUUGCUGUGGGACUUGUGGGACACAAAUAGGCUUUUAAAAAUAUAUAUUUCAAUGGAUUCAGUUCAAUAUUAUCCAACGUUAACGGGAAUUUCUCUCCAACUUAGCAUUUUCUUCAACUAUAACUUAGUGUCUGCUAGCUUACGCCUUGACAUCCAUAAAUUUACUAUGACUUGGUCAUGAUAGUAUAAAAGUUUAUGAAACUUGUAGUAUGUAACGUAUUUAACCACAUAAUCAUAUAAGAUCUCACUUGUAAAUAAGCAUUUUUCAUUUUUAAUUUUAUUUAAUAUAAAUAUGUUUUAUUUUGUCAUUUUAAGAAACUUUGCGUUUGCAUACAGAAGAUUCAGUCAGUUGGCUUAAAUAAUCCGUUUUAUUAAUAGUUUAUUUGUAUGUGUUCAGUGAGAAUUAGUUAUUUAAAUAUCUCGAUAUUAUUUAGUAUUCUAAAUAGCAUUAAAAUGGUAGAUUCGGUUGAUCUUCCUUAUAUUUUCCUAAUAGCUUAACUUUCAACAAAAUGGCUAUCUUGCAUUGUGAGGAAAUAUAGCUCCAAUACAAGCAUAAUUACAUAAUAUAGUAUCAAGUUCGUAUGCUUAUACAAUAAGUUUUAAAUCGUUUACAAAAAGUGUUUAAUACAUUUUAAUAGAAAAUGACAUUACUAUAAAUCGUUGCACGCACAGUCAAAAGCAAAACUCGAGUACGUUUUCGCAUGAAAAAGCUAGAAAUGCAAUGUUACUUCUGCUAAUGGCAGUACUUAUAUAGUAAAAUGUUGAAUUUAGUUUUUGUGUAGUGUUUUUUUUGGGAAUUCGAUUACAAAUUACUUACAAAUGAUUAAAAUAAAAAAUGCCCCAAACAUUUACUAAGAAUUUAUACAUUUUAAGCGAGUGUUGUGCUUGAUUGGAGCUAGAUACGGAGAGACGUGCUACCUCUUGGGCUUUAGAGCCAGAAGUCAUCGGGGCAGACAUCGCCGACUAUUGUAUGGCUUUUAAUUUCACAUUUGAAAUAAUAUUCUUUUAAAAUCUCAUAAAAUAUAGGCCUAAAUAUCGCCCUUUCUACGUAGAUUAAGCCCGUAGAUAAUAUACAGGUGUUAGUAUACUUUUUAUUAAAUUUUACUAAUAGUAUUUGAUCGUGUUUAAAAAUUUACAUGACGAUGUUGUCGAUGCACCAUCACCUGUGCCAAAUAUAUGUAAAUAUGUUUCCAUAUUAAUUAGUAGUAUUCUAUUGAAUAUUAAAACCAAUCACUUUUAUGUAAUCAUCAACAAUUGAUUGAAAUUUUGCCUUGUAAGUAUUUGUUUUUUAUCAUUUUAUUUUUCACAUUGCGAAUUCUUUUAUAACUUUUAUUUGUUGGCUGUACAACAUAAAAAAUGGAUUUUAACCAGACAGGCAAAAUUAACAUGUUUAAUUUUAUAUAUUUUUAAUAUAAUCGAGAUACCCUUUUAUUUUUAGCAAUUUUUGUGUCCAGUUUGUAUUAAGGCAGGUGAUUGGACAGUGUUUUUAAUAUUUAUGACUGUUUCCACGUUUGUAAUCUACGUAUGUACUUUCACGUCGCAACUGUCUCUGAGAUAUCAUCCUUCACGAGCACGUGGUUGACUUUUGCGCCUUCAUUUCGGCUUUUGAAUUUUAAAUGAACAUUAGCAAUUCGGGAAAAUAUGGUUUUAUUUUUAUUCGAGACUAGCUAGCAGCCGCCAGCGCUUUUUUUUUUCGGUGUAAAAGGUAGACGACUCUUGAAGGUCUAGUCUAUCUCUGUACCGAGUUUCGUCUCGCAGUUUUUGAUUUUAUUCGUUACAAACAAAAAUACAAAUCUUUUUGUAAUAUUUGCUGUAGUAAAAAAUAAAAAUGUGUAAUAUGUAUUUUAAAAUUUUAUUUAAACGCAAAAAACUAUUAUAGAAUUAUUUAUUAUAGAAUUAUUCUAAACAUGUAUGUUAACUACAUUUGUUUCUGAUUACGCUGUCUAUCGAUGUGCCAAAAUCUAUGGUUCCAUAAGGCGCAAAUAUCAAUGACGUGGAUUUUAAAAUAUUUCAAAGUGCACUUUACGUUAUUUACCGUCGCCUCUCACUAGGAUAAAGUUCAUGUAACAUUUUGAAUUUUAACCAAUUAAAAGUAACGGUUGUGUGUGGAAAUCUAAUUAUUUAACAAAAUAUUCGAGUGAUUCUGCACACAAUCUUGUUUAUGAGAUUUUAUUGCAUAUUCUAUAAUUAUAGCGUAGACCAGUAUUUCGAUUUGUAGUAUCAUUCGUCAUAUUCAAAUAAAGCUGUUAUUAUCCUCAACUUUUAUAAUAUCACAUGAAGCACCCAGUAUGGAAUAUUUUGGGAUCUACUAGCAAGUCGAAAAAUUCAUAUCAAUAACUAUACGCAAGGAUUUAAAAUCACUUAUAAAUUUUAACUUGAACAGGAUGUGACGUUUAGAAUUGAAAAGGCGCUCCCGUCUCACUAGCCACCAUCACAUUUUUAUAGAUUUGUUUUAAUUUAUAGACAAAACUAAAAAAAUACACAAUAUAGAUUAUACUACGCUAGAUACCUAAAGGAUUUAAUCAGAUAGUAUAAUCGUUUUUCAAAAUGUAGCCACAAUUUACGACAAGGAUUUCGGAUAUAAUAAUUUUCUUAUAAAAUCAAUUAUCUUGUGUGGAUUAUAGUACCACUUUUUUAGUUUUCUCAAAUAAAUAAAUAUAAAUGUGAUGGAGGCGCUAAGUAAGAAUAUUUAAAAUGCCCAAAAUAUUACAUUGCGGUUUUUUAUUGUGGGAUAUUCUAAAGAUUGGGGUCAUUGGAAGAUAGGGUCAUCCCUAAAGCAGAUAUGUAUUAAGGGAUCUCUUGGAUUUGUGGGGUUUUCUGGAAUGUGAAUGUCGAUUGUACUCAACAAUAUACAUUUCUAAUCCAUUAGA